GCAGCUGAGAAAACGUUUUCCAUCUAUAUUACGUAAAUUGAGAGACUCAACGAAAACAGAAACCAUUUAUAAAUUACAGAAGGGCACCGAGCACGCUAGGAUCAGCCCUGCAUAUAACAUAAUACAUAAUAGUUUGUACUCCAAUAAAAACAAACUUCAUACACGCGAACAGUUCUCGAUUUGUAAACAGAUUUGGAAAGUAUUUUACGUCGUUUCUGUUGUUUCGAAUGGAUUGCAUAAAUAGGUUAUAGAAAUUAAUAGCGAAAAAAUUGAGACAUAUUUUGUGUGAUCGCAGACAGGUCGUCGCAUUGAACGCGCUCCAACGUCCUGUCAAUUCCGUGUAAUCAAAAAACAGCUGACUAAAGUUAUUCGAGCGUGAAUAAUAAUGCAUAUUUUGAGAAUGGUGAAUUACGUGCGAUGUUUGAAUUACUGAAAAACGAGUCUUCAUUUUCCUAUAUACUUUUUUUGCACAUCUACCGAUGCAUGUUUAAAGAAUCCCAAGCAGAUACAAAUCGAUGUUCGUACCGCGAAGAGCAUUGUAAGGAGGAGCCGGAUUAAAUGUCCACGCUGAUCGUUUAAAUUGAGCAUACAUCUAUAUAAUAAAAUGUUAACGCUAGAAGACAUGGAAUGCAAAGACUUUUCAAAAGAUGCAAUGGAGGAUGAAGAAUCUAAUAAGAAAAGAAGCGACGAAGAAAGUUAUGAAAAGGACAAAUAUCCGAUAACGAGCGAACGAAUAUUAAGGACACCUAUGCUGUCUGCAGAGGAUGAUGAUAACGAUGAUAUAGAAACUCAGGAAGACCUAUUGUCUAUUGAAAAUGACUCUGAAAUUAGUAGCGAUGCUACUCUCAGCGAUUGGGAGGAUCUGAAAACUGAAUCAUCUCUUUCUUAUGUUACUUCCGUACCUGAUAAUAAAGAAUUUAUAAUAAUAACAGAAUUGGAAGCACAGAACGAAUUAAUGACAAACAAAUUAUCAAACGAAUGUUCCUUAUCUAAUAAAAAAUCUAAGUCUUUGCGUCGUUCCAAACGACAUAACAAAGUACUAUUGUUAAGGAAACUCAUAUGCAAGCACGAGCCGAUAGUUGAAAUAAAAGAAGACGAACACUCAAUUAUUUCUACCGACGAACAUAUGCCGAUUCUGAAAGAAAUAGAUUAUGAGGAAUCCUCUAUGGAUGAAGAGAAUAAUGCGGAUUCUGCAGAUAACGUUAGUUGGUUACAAAGCUUUAGAUCUCUGCCGUUAUUUUAUACAGAAGAGGGUAAGCCUUACCUAAAAUGUUCAGCAUGUGGUGCAAUGUUUUUUACUUCAAACUCAUUCCAAAAACAUUUAUACUCUCAUAUGUACCAAAACGAGGAUUAUUUUGUGUGCUCCUUUUGUAAUUACACAAACACCGAACCUGGAAUGUUAUUCACUCACUUAUCAAAACAUCAAAAUCAAUGUGAAUUUUGUAAUGAAAAUUUAUUGCUGAAAAAUAAUUUUGAAAAACAUUGGAAUACACGAGCAUCGAACCUUAGUAUGAAAAGAGAUCAUCAAGGGAGAUUUAUAUGUUCUCUCUGCAAAUUAGUGUUCGAUUUAUUACCACAAAUGGAAAAGCAUUGGUUUAAACAUGCUUGUACUGGAGAAAGAACUUAUCAAUGUAAAGAAUGUAGCGGAUUAUACGAAAGCAUAGAAACGCUUAAUAAUCAUAAAUGCAUGAAGUGUCCUGUUUGUGGUAAAGUUUAUGAUAGUCUACAUAGAUUAAAAACGCACACAGUGUGGGCAAAGCACAAUUUAAGAUGUCCAAUUUGUUCUUACGAUUUCAUUCUUGCCAUUGAUCAUGAGAAACAUGUAGCGUUACAUAGGCAAACGUACACUUCUGUACCAGAUCAUCAACACUGCUUGCAGGCGGCAGACGGAAAGACAUUCCAGUGCAAUCUUUGCGACAAAAUAUUUUAUGCCUUACCUUCUCUCGUGUCGCAUGUUCAAAGAGAUCAUGACAUUAAAAAUGUUAAGAUAAACAAUGAAGAAGAAGAGGGAAACUCUAUCGGUACCGUAAUACUUGGAGUUUGAGAAGUACGCUAGUGAAAACGAUAACGUAGAUCUAUCGAAAGAUAAAAUCGAAUUCCAAAAUACGUUAUGAAUCUAAGAUAAUAUUCCAGAAAAUAAUUCCAGCUAAAGUAGAAAAGCUAAAUACAGAAUGAAAUGUAAAAGAUCUGAAACUGAUGGUUAAAAAUUACUCGUAAUAAUGAAAUCUGCUGUUGCUGACAGUCUCUUUGUAGUAUAUAUUAAGUACAAUUAAACAUGACUGGCGACACACAACAUAAAUUAUUGGUACGAAUAUGUAUUAAAACAUUAUCUGAUCAAAAAGUUCUUAAAUAAACUGUAUUGCAGUUUGACCUCACCUGAAGAAAGGAUGAACAUGUACAGGUAUAUUUUUUUAGCGAUUAUAUAAGAUACAGAAUAUCGUCAUUCAUCCGGUUACUCGUAUUGUCACGAAGUCGAUAAUAUCACUUUAAGAAUAUAAUUAAGAAUCUCAUACAAUCACUCUACUUAUAGAACUUUUUGGAUCAGAUAACAAGACGAUAACUUUUUUUAGCGAUUCGUCGAAGUAAUGUAACCAUACAUUCUCUGUGUUUUAUAUUAGGGGAAAAUGUAAUGUUAAGUUAACGUAACAUUUGUAUUUAAUUGUAUCAUGUCUGCCCCGCUGUAUUGAAAAAGCAAUACAGAAAGCUAUCAGUCCUGCUGUAGCGCCAUCUAAUUUAUUAUGGUAUUAUUUUUUAUUAUAUGAGAUCGAAACAUUUACGCCUUUGUGUAGAUAAAUUUUUAAAGUAUAGUUAUAAUAUCCGUGUAAGCGCAAAGUUUUCUUAAAUCACCGCAUAGAAGUUUAGGGGUAAACAUGAUAUGAUACAACUGUAAUGGCUGGGAAAUAUCUGGAACUCGCUGCUUGUCUUAUUUUUAUGUGUACUAUUAGAAUUCGAUAGAUAUAUUGGUAAAUCUUACGGCGCAUAAUUGUUUGUAAGUCUGAUUUCGUAGGCCCGUGUAAACCACGUAAUAGCUUACAUAAAGAAUUAGAUCUCUGAACUAUCCUCUUUGAAAAAUAAAUAUUCAUGAAUAAUAACAUUUCAUUUGUA